CCUUCGUACGACACCUACAAGGAUCGGACGAGAGACAUUAAUUUCGCAUCGAAGAGUAGAGCUAAAAUCUGAUGUAAAAAGCGGCAUCGCACGUGAGCGGAAAGAACCAGCAAGAUAAUCGUUGUCCUCCGAUCCUUGUAGGUGUCGUACGAAGGUCGGACUUGUCUUGUUUUGUAGAGAAUUUUCUGCUCCAUAAGCGCGUGUGUUGAACAACACUUUAGAUGUAAGAUUUGAAGUCGAAAAUUUUGUAAUUUUAAAACUGAUGAGUCAUCGAGAAUUAAAAAUGUUUUAAAUGAAGUCUCAGAUUACACUUUUCGGAGCAAAAAUCGCAUGGUUUUGUUCAGUUUUUCACGCUCUUUCUGAUGAUAUACUUGCUAUUGAAUCUGAAACAUUUUUUGAAUUUUGAAAUUUGAAUUUUAGCGGCCGUCUUAAAAUUAAAAAUCCAAAUUUAAAGUUCAACGUUUCUAAAAUUUUCUUUUUUUUAAAUAUAGCUCGGCAAAUCCUCUACAAAAUGGCUCAUGUUUUAUGUCGUUUUAUCAAACUUUCUAGCUCAGGAAAUACAAAAUACGAAAAAUCGUUUAAAAUCAUGUCCGCUGAAGAGAAAAUGUUUUCCCUCUCAUUCAUCCAAAUCAAGUCCGAUUUUAAAACUUUUUCUAGACCAGAUAGAUACCAGUGUUGGUAUCCAGUUGGUAUCCAGAGAGUUGAUGUUCAGCUACAUCAUGUAUAGGAGACACAAAAUCACGAAAACAAAAAUUCAUUUAAAAUUAUGUCCGCCACUUUAGUUAAAUCGAAAGUUCUACUGUUACAGUCACUUGUUUUGUAAAGAAUUCUUUCGAUAAACUUGUUUGUUUAUUCUCGUCUCUUUAUCACGUUCGUUGCUUGGUAGGUAUCAGAUCAGAGAUUUCUUUAGACGAAACAAAUUAUAUAGAAUUUAGUAUUGCGGCUUUCGAGAAGUUGCUCUUAAAUUGAAAUUUGUUUUUAUUUUUCCUUAGACAUUAAAAAUAAUAAAUAUUUAACGUGGGAAGACGUUGAAUUUUAUCUACUGUUCCAUUUGACCACCGCUCAAAAAGAAGGUGUUCGGGGUUUCGAACAGAAUUUGAGCCAUCAGACACGUGAAAUAUGGGAACUUAUUCAAGAUGCCACUCCAAAUGAAGACAAAGCUCGAAAUAUCCUGACAUUAGAUCAGUUUUUAGAUACAUGGGGAGCUUUAUCACGAUAUAUUGUUGAAACUAGUAAAUUACCACGAGUGUUUGAAGAUUGGAUCAAGUUAGGAUUCGAUUUAUACGAUUUAGAUGGAAAGGGUGAUAUACCACCAGAUUCAUUUCAAAUGCUUUACAAUAAAAUGGGUCUGGGUCAAACGUAUGCUUUGAUAGCAUAUAAAUUUCUAACAGAGAGUGGUACAAAGCCGUUAGAUUUUGAGCGUGUUCUGUCAAUAAUAAAAGCUUUAAUAACUUCUUCCGAUGAUGAACAUUUCAGUCAUUUCCUAUUACCAGGAUUCUUCCGACAAGUUAUGGCUAAACGAGAUCGAGAACAACAUGAUGAAAAAUUCAGAAAUGUUGGAGAUGAUCGUGAUUCGUUUUCAGAUAAAGAUGAUGGACAACGUGGAAAAUCUGAUAGAGAUUCAUCACCCAGUCAGCCACAGCAGCAGCAACCAGAUGGUAAAGGUGACAGAUCACUAUCUCCACCGCAGGAUCGACAAAAUAAUCGAAAACAAGAUGAAAAUCAACAAAAACCGUCUCCUCAGCCUGCAACACAAGAAAACUAUGCAUCCAAUUCUCAGUCUUACCCGCCCUCGUUUACUGAUGAUAGCCAUAUAAAACAAAUUUUACGUGAAUUAAAUUUUGAAUGUGAUGAAGUGGAAGUUAUUGAUGGAAAUAGUCGACGUAAAUUAGUUUUACACGAUCAUCCAAAUCAACAAGACAGAUACCAAGAAGAACUAAGACAAUUUGAAAGACAAGUAGCAGAGCUAAAUCAACGCGCAUUAGCAGGACAAUUACGUACAAACAACAGUUUUGAUCAACAACCUCCGACUGCAUCCGCACCUUACCUACAACUACAGCAAUAUCAAUACGAAACUCCAACAGGUGUCGACCAAAACAAACAGCCACAUCUAUUGGAUCGCAUCGAUAAUGAAAAUCAACAGGGGCGAUCUUCAAAAUCUGAUCAGCAGCAGCCCACCUCUUCUUCUCAACAACAGUCCUCUUCGACCACGCAACAAGCUUCUAAUCAAAAUACUCCACAACAAGCAGAAAAUUCCAAUGCUUCGGCUCAACGAAAGCAAUCCCGUCCACAAGAACAUACUGAAAGUUGGUCAAGGGACCAGAAAGACCAGGAUCAAUUGCCCCAACAAAACGGUCAACAGCGGCAACCUUCCACCCUAAAAUCAUCUGCACAACAAAAACUCUCUGAAGUGCCACAGCUACAACAACAGUACCAACAGUCCAAGCCCACAGUUCCACUAUUUCAGCAAAAUCAACAACCAGGAAUUCGACAAGUCUAUCCGCCAAAUGAACAAUACUACAAACAACCUCAGAGUGCAAGCUAUUCUCAGCAGCAACCGUCUUCUCAACAACAGCAACCGUCUUAUCAACAGCGGCAAUCGUCUUCUCAACAGCAGCAACCAUCUUCUCAACAGCAGCAAUCGUCUGCUCAACAGCAGCAACCGUCUUAUCAACAGCGGCAAUCGUCUUCUCAACAGCAGCAACCAUCUUCUCAACAGCAGCAACCAUCUUCUCAACAGCAGCAACCGUCUUAUCAACAGCAGCAACCGUCUUAUCAACAGCGGCAAUCGUCUUCUCAACAGCAGCAACCAUCUUCUCAACAGCAGCAACCGCCUUAUCAACAGCAGCAAUCGUCUUCUCAACAGCAACAACCAUCUCGUCAACAAAAAGAUGAAACAAAGGAAACCGGCAAUCGCUCAGCACAGUCGUCGAAUGAACAACCUUCUAAACAACAACAAUCACCACCAUCGAGUUCAGCUCAAGAUAAUCAAAAUAAAUCCAACAUUUCACCUCAACAAUCAGCUUACCAACAAAAUUAUUCCUCAAACAAUGAUGGUAGUAGCAAAGAGCCAUCGACUGCUACUAGUGGUAUAAAAUCGCCGCCUCGUAGGAAUGAACAAAAUGAACAACCAAAUUCGAACACUGGUGAACAAAAACCAUCUCAGAGCGGAAAUGAUUUUCGAAGUCCAACACGUGAUGAUCAACUAGACCAAAGCAGUACUCGUGAUCAUAAAAAGAAACAAGAUAAUGAACCUAAAUUGUCACAAGAAGCUCAAGAUAAGUGUAUUUCUAACGUACUUCGACAAAUAACGCCACUUAUAGAAAGACUCGUGCAAGAUGAAGUGAGAAAAGCGAUCAGAAAUCUAAGUUCACCAGGAGAUGGAGAUAGUGACGACGAGACUGGACAAUUCUUUGGAGUUGAUCCAUUUCAGAUUAUGUUUGGCGGCGGUAUGCCUUUUGGUGGACCGCUGUUUACCCCAAACAGAGCAUACGACAGAUCACAACGGGGAUAUGGAUUAGACGAUCAUCAAGCGUUUACAAGUGGACAACAGCAACAACAACCACAAUCUGCGCAAGGACCACAGAAAUGGGGUCAACAAUCACAAAACUUCUCAAACCCACAAGAACAACGGCCAAAUCGUCCAAACGUUAAUGAAGAGCGUAACAAUAAUAGAGGAAAUGAACGAACGUUUUACAGUGGACCCGACGGGUCGUUAGGUGGUGGAUCCGGACCAUUUUUGCCACAGAAUCCAAUGUUCAUGAUGGACGGAUCAAGAGGAACUGUACCAGGAAUGGGUGGACUGAUGGGUGGACCAAUGGGUGGGCCGAUGGGUGGUCAAGGUUUUAUUUUAAUAAUGGGGGAUGACGAGCGGGACGAAAUACAAAUGGGCCGAAGAGGAAGACAGCCACCACGAUUUCCGCAAUAG